AGUAAUUUACGUGUUGCCCCCUUCCUAAGUGGUGUUUGUGGUAGUGCUGAGCAGCUGCCUCUUGACACUUGAACCAUGACUUUGGUUUUUCUUUCUUUUUCGGUUGUAAGUUGAUCGUUAAUUUCACAUUGUAAAUAAUUUUAUUUAGAAAGUAUUUUGCUCAAGACUUAAUUCUUGCCUCUCUGGCCUCCUGUGCGUGUAGCAGGGGUUUUGUUGAUGGGGAUUUCUUUAUCAUUUUAUAGAAGCAGGCAUGAUUUAUUUAUAAUAUUGUAGAAACAGACUCCCGAGCAUUUAGGAUGCAUCACUUCAUCGCAGACAGUUUCAAAAAAGGUUUUGGCAUCUCCAGCGGUGGCAGAAAUUUUCUAGAGUUAUUUUUAACUAUUGCAAAUGGGAAAGUUUAGGUAGAGAUGUGAUUCCUCCAGGUUUGUACCUGAGUUGUAAUCUUGCUAAUGGAAGUUAAAAGGAAAUGUUCAGCCACAACGGCACGAGAAUGAAGAAGAAAAUUGGUUUACUUUCUGUUUCUAGUCACUUUUGGUGGGGGGGAGAAAUGGCUUUUGGUUCUGAGAGUCAUCAAAUCAAAUUUCUCUCUCCAGCAAAGCCAGACUUUUUGUGAUGUGGUGGAAACUUGCCAGUUUCUGGUGUGUCUUGCCUUAGGAUAAAAGAGCUUUCAGACGCGAGCCCUGACUGUAAUUGAAUCUCCUUGGGAAGAGCUCCAGGGAAUUGUUGCUGGGAUCAGUGAGGCUUUGAGUGGAAACAGAGGUCUGGGCAGAUCCGAUUGCCACAUCUUCACCUAGACUCCUUCACCUCUUCUGAUUUGCAUGUGAAAUCGGCCAGGGCUUCCAAAUUUCUGGCUGUUGAUUCAUGAGUAUUUGUAAAUUAUGAUAGCUGAGUGAGCAUCGUAUUCAGGGAGACUUGUUUAAUGCUGACUCCUUCUCAUUACUGCUUAAUUAAAAUGGUUUUUUGUUGAUGUUCCACUGGUGAUACGGAGCAAGGAGACCUCAGCUGGACUAUAAAGCAAUCUUGUACCAUUUCUAAGCAAAGGCUGCCAGCCUGCCUUUGAAGAAUACUUACCGAGAACUAAGUUUUCCAAAUUGUUUGGUGGCGUGGGAAUGUAUGACUUUAAUGCUUGUGGAAAAACGCUGUCUUAACACCUCUGAAGUUCACUGUAUGACCCUGGGGAAGGUAAGAUCUAUGUGUCUUAGAGCAGAAGAGAUACUGGAAGAUGAACCUCUCUGAGAAUGAAACUUGGUCCUGGAGGUGGGCUCAGCCCUGAAUGCUGCUGUGGACGCUGUCGGGAGGGGCUGUGUGGCUGGGGGAGCUGGCUGGGGUCUGCACUGGGAUGCUCUGGUUUAGCACCGGCCGCUGGGCAGGCACCAGGUAGCAAUUUUUUAAAAUUAACUCACCAGAGCUGGAUUCAAACCAGUGAGCUUCCUAAUAAUAAAAGUGCAAGAAUGACUGAUCGGUAAAUUAAAAUUGAAAAAAAAAAAGGACUGGAAGGACAGUCCUACCUAGAGGUACAGGAAUUGCCCUGGAAAUACUGCUUUUCCUUUGAGCGAUUAAAGAUGCUGCUGUACUGUGUCAUAUUAAUUUCCUUUUACCUUUUUGCACCAUUUUUGGCUACCUUAACCUGGGGAAACAUUGCUCCUCCAGUAAUCUUGUUUCUUUCCUACUUACACUCACUUAAAAAUUAUUCUAACUUUAGAGAGAACCUCCUUUCCCACUUGUCUGUCAUUAAUGACUUCUCUGAUUCACAUAGCGUCCCGCACACACGUGUAGAAGGUGGGUUUACCCGUGUCACCACCAAUCCCAGCCCAGCCGGGGUGCGUAGGUCGGUUCAUGAAGCCAAAGGUUCCCGGGACAGCCCAGGGAUCCACCUCUGAACUUCCCGCUGCCAUCUCACACGCUGCGAAGGUAGCCAGUGUCUACGAAUCCCCUGGCUUCUUUCUAGGGCUGGAUCCGAUUCCAGGAGCCCUUGAAGCUAUGCAGGAGAUGAUCCACAUGCAGGACACCGAAGUCUUUAUUUGCACAAGUCCUCUCCGGAAAUAUGAGCACUGCAUUGUGGAAAAGUAUAAGUGGGUGGAGAAACAUUUGGGACCUGAAUUUGUGGAGCGGAUUAUUCUAACCCGAGAUAAGACCGUCGUAUCUGCUGACUUGCUGUUUGAUGACAAGGAUACCAUUACAGGCGCAGAGCUGAACCCGAGCUGGGAGCAUGUCCUGUUCACCUGCUGCCACAACAGGCACCUCCAGCUGCAGGCACCGCGCAGGCGGCUGCUGUCCUGGGCAGAUGACUGGAAGGCCAUCUUGCAAAGCAAGCGCCGGCAGUAGUGCAAAAAAAGGGGAUGCUGCGCUCUUCCCAUUCCCAGUGAGCACUGUCACCCGGGCAGGGGCACUGGGGGGGUCAGCGAGCUGCCCUUGUGAGCUGACUCCUCUCCAGGUUCCUGGAUGAUUGCUCUGCGUUCAGCUAAUCUCUGCAGAGCUUUGGAUGUUUGCUGUUAGUGAAGAGAAACUAUAAAAUACAGGCAGUUGUGGGUUGGU